AGAGGAAGAGGAGGAGGAGGGCGUGAGCUCUGGACACGGCGGGCAAACACACAGAGAGGGAAGAGAGAGAAAGAGAAAACGGCAUGUUUGACUUCUGAUCUGCUCAUAUCUGCAGUUUUGAAUUGCUUUUAUCUUCGGAGCUGCGUCUUUUACAGAGGCGCAAAGUGCAGGUGUGGAUUUCUCUGACUUUUAGAGCAUAAACCUGACCGUCACUUGUGUGAAGCUGCACAACUCACAUGGCUAAUAUGAAGCCCCGCAGCGAGGAUGAGGAUGAAGAUCGGCAGCCUAAAGACACUGAGACAGAACCCAAGAAUUCAAAAAAGAUUUUGAGCAAAGUGAAAUGGUCCAGAGAAGAGGACGAGAGACUAAAGAAGCUUGUUGAGCAAAAUGGAACCGAAGCAUGGAAAUUGAUUGCUAAUUAUUUCCCAACUAAAACAGAUGGCCAGUGUCAACACCGCUGGCAGAAAGUUCUCAACCCGGAGCUGGUGAAGGGGCCAUGGACAAAAGAGGAGGAUCAGAGGGUGAUAGAACUGGUGCAUAAAUACGGCCCGAAGCGGUGGUCUGUCAUCGCUAAGCACCUGCAGGGCCGCAUUGGCAAGCAGUGUCGAGAGCGCUGGCACAACCACCUCAACCCUGAGGUGAAGAAGUCCUCCUGGACCCAGGAAGAGGAUCGCAUUAUCUACGAAGCGCACAAACGGCUUGGUAACCGCUGGGCUGAGAUCUCAAAGCUGCUGCCUGGAAGGACAGACAACUCUAUUAAAAACCACUGGAACUCCACCAUGCGCAGGAAGGUGGAGCAGGAAGGUUAUCUGCAGGACAGCAACAGGAGCAUGAGCGUUGAUCAGCCUCAGAAGAGACGCCAUAAAGGCUGUCAAUCAGUGGAGCACUCGCACGGUCACAGCCACCUGCUCGUGAACAGCCAGUCACAGGUCACAAGAUACAUGUACAGCUCUGCGAGUGGACAGGGUAUGGACAGCAUCACAGACAGCUCGAGCUUCAUGAGGCCUUGCCACGACGAUCCCGACAAAGAACAGCGAAUUAAGGAGCUAGAGCUGCUCCUUAUGUCAGCUGAAAAUGAAGUCAGAAGACAGUCCGGUCCUUGUAACCCAGAGAGCUACUCAAGCUGGUCAGACAGUCUGGUGGAUGAUACCAUGAGCACAACGGGGACUUCUGAAGAGUCAGGUGUUGAGCUGGGUAGAGCGGAGAAGGGCUGCACUCCUUCUGCACCACUGCAUGUCUCUCCCAGCAAGUUCUUGGCAGUGGAGGCCAGUGCUGUGCUCUCUAGUCUCCAGACCAUUCCUGAGUUUGCAGAAACUAUAGACCUCAUCGAAUCGGAUCCUAUGGCCUGGAGCGAGGUGGGAAGUUUUGAUCUAUCCGAGUCUGUAAGUCCUCCUAAAGCCCCUGUCCUCGAUGGCACUUACCCAGCUCACGAUGAUGGCUCAGAGGCUCUGUGCAGGCCUCAUGAUGGAAUGAGCCAUGGGAAACCCGUUUCUCAUAGCACUCGCACUGUUGGUAAAUUCAACUCCCCUUCGGUGUCCCUGCCGAGGAAGAAGACGAGAGAGAGAGCAGACCAGUCACUCAGUGAUGACACAAACUGCGGUUCUUUCACAGACAACACCAGGAGCUCUCUGAAGAGCACACCAGUUAAAGGACUUCCGUUCUCACCCUCUCAGUUUUUCAACAUAUCUGGGACCGAGCAUUUGAACCUGGACAAUCCUGCACUAACGUCCACUCCGGUGUGUGCACAGAAAAACUUUUCCAGCACGCCUCAGCAGAGAGAAACCACACCCAAACAUCAGAAGGAGAAUGCUGGUUUCAGGACACCCAAAGUUCGCAAGUCUAUUAUGGCCCACACCCCAAGGACACCCACUCCCUUCAAAAAUGCCUUGGCUGCUCAGGAAAAGAUGCAUGGACCAUUAAAAAUGGUGCCCCAGCCCCUGGCCUUCUUAGAGGAGGACAUUAGGGAAGUGUUAAAGGAGGAGACAGGGACAGAUAUCUUCCUUCAUGGACAGCCUGAACAAAGGGCAUAUGAGGUGGAUGCUCCUGCCAGGAAGGUGAGGAAGUCCUUACUACUGGACAGUUGGGGGAAAGACGGUCUCAAUGUGCAACUGUUCCCUCAGCAGCAGAUGAACAGUGUUGCUCAGUCUCAUAACGAUGGCAUGUUGAGCAGCGCAAUUCUGAUGACCCAACUGACAGAAGGAGAGGAGGAUCUUACCUGCUCUUCUGGCGCCCUGAAAAUGGACUCCCAACUCCCCAUCUGCCCUCUCAGCCCUCAGGCAAAAAAGGAGCUUCUUACACACCGAAGCCCAGUCUAUCAAGCCUCCACACAGGUGAGCAGCGAGUGGGAGGCAGUGGUCUUUGGGAAGACACAAGACCAGCUUAUCAUGACUGAGCAAGCGAGGCACUACUUGAACUCUUCCCAGUUGCCAUCAUGCACCUCCAGAGCACUGGUCCUGUGAGCUCCAGAGCUCCUCUCUGCUCCUUACAGCAGCCCCCUCAUUCCUCGCACUUCACUUUUAGACAAUCUGGUGUAGGAAACUAAAUUUUCACCUUUUUUGUAUGUGUGUUUAAGACUUACAGUGUAUUACAAAUUAUUUUAACCCACAAACAGGCGCAUUAAUGAAUUUUGUAACUAAAAGAAUGCAACCAGUCUUCCUCUUAAGAUCACACUUUUUUUAAUGACUGUGUUCUAGAUGUAUCGAUCUAGAAUGAGGUCGUUCAUUGGACGUCUCGGGAAACGUCUUUUUUUUUCCUCAGUUGUCAGAUACUGAGAUGUAGAGAGAAAGAAUUUCAUUUUAUUGAGCAUUUUCUCUCUUUUGCUCUUGUGUCAGUUCCAAACAACUAAGGAAAUUCCAAAGAAGAAGAUUUUUGGUGGAGUUCAUCACUGGGGAAAAAAGAAAAGAAAUCACAUACCAGUUAGUCCUUUGAGAUAUUUAACCCAAUGCUUUUUAGUGGAUUUUAUAUUUUUUUUUGGUUAAGGAUCGAAGAGAACUAGCAGUGUUGCACUAGCAGUGUUGCACUACUAAUUGUGGGUAACUGUAAUAGGGAGGGGCUCAAACGUGUUUAAGAGGAACUGGAUAGCACUUGCGAUGUGACUGUUUAGGCUCGAACCAUAAUAAUGGUUCUCCAUGUUUUUGCUGAGUUUGACACUCACUGAAUGUAUUGUACAGCAUUUAAUUGCUAAAGUAGCGAAUGUCGAAUGGAAGGGUACCUCUUUUUUCUUUACAUUUUUUUUUCUUUUUGUUUUCUAAUUUAUUCGUUGCUGUAAUUCGAGUUGUUGAGAUGUUUAUUGAGCACCUGGACUGUCCAGUUUCGAAGCAGACUUACCAUUUGCUGACAGACACGGCAGUGACUGCAGCCUAAAAACAAAACCAACGACUUGCAUCCUAGCUGCUUUAGUUUUCAACCUAUCAGAAGUCAUAUUUGAUACUGAUUUUUAAUAUGCAGUCUCACACAAUUAACAUGUUCCAAGGCGAGAUGAAUUUCUCCAACGUUUAAGGCUGUAGGUUCUAUUUAUUAAAUCUUAACUAAUUUAUUUAUUUCAAAGCUAUAAAGAGAAUUUUAUUUCUGUUGUGUUAAGAACAACUCAACUGAUUUGGCUACCGUCCAUCAGAAACAUUU